AUGUAUCUUAUUAAUAUCUAUAUUCAGUGUCUGUAAGUAGUGAGAAUUCUAAAUAGCGUUCCAAUCCAAUUUUAUCAAAUAGACCCUCUAUUACAAGAUAAUUAUCACACAAUUAAUCUAUCAUUGAUACUAUUAAUUAGAAGAUUGUUUCAGAAACUAAAGAGAAUAGAUUUGUUUCUAUUAAUUAAAAUGAGUAAGCAUCUGAUUUUAAUUAAAAAACUCUAAAGAAUAACAUACUCUAAUUAAUUAAUAAAAUAUGGUUACUAUUUUGAUAGAUGA